AUGGAAUGUGGGAAGAGCUUCAGUGUGAGUGGACAUUUAAGUUCACAUCAAAGAACCCACACAGGAGAAAAACCAUAUAAAUGCAUGGAAUGUGGGAAGAGCUUCAGUCAGCAUGGACAUCUAAAUUUACAUCAAAGAUCCCACACAGGGGAGAAACCAUAUAAAUGCAUGGAAUGCGGGAAGAGCUUCGGUCGGCAUGGACAUCUAAGUUCACAUCAAAGGACCCACACAGGGAAAAAACCAUACAAAUGCAUGGAAUGUGGGAAGAGCUUCAGUGAGAGUGGAAAUCUACAUAAACAUCAAAGAUCCCACACAGGGGAGAAACCAUAUAAGUGUAUGGAAUGUGGAAAGAGCUUCAGUCAGAGUGGAACUCUACAUAUACAUCAAAGAACCCACACAGGGGAGAAACCAUAUAAGUGUAUGGAAUGCGGGAAGAGUUUUAGUGGCAGUGGAAAUCUACGUUUACAUCAAAGAUCCCAUUCAGGAGACAAACCAUAUAAAUGCAUGGAAUGCCGGAAGAGCUUCAGUCAGAGUGGACAUCUAAGUUCACAUCAAAGGACCCACACAGGGGAGAAACCAUAUAAAUGCAUGGAAUGUGGGAAGAGCUUCAGUCGGAGUGAAUAUCUCAGUUCCCAUCAGAGGACUCACACAGGGGAGAAAAUGUACAAAUGUAUGGAAUGGACUGCCAGGAAGAGAAUGGAAGACUGAGCGAGUGAGGGCCCUUUAACAUCUUGCCCCCUCCUCCAGCCCUGGACCACCUCAGCUUGAGCAUUGGCCCAUAAAGCUUCGGGCAAUACUAAGAAGUACAUUUCUUGUUGCUAAUUUUUAGUCUCCCUCUUUUUCCGGAUAUUAGAUUGUAGUCUUUUAUUGUAAUUCCUUAACUGCAAUGUUGUAACUUGUUAUGCUGUAUUCCCUUUAUUAUUUCAUUGUUUAUUGGCAUCUGUUUGUUAUUUUUUGGAAUGAGAUGUUGGAAAUGGGGAGUUCUUUUUGACAAUUAUUGAUUUGAAUGUAAGCAUUAGUGUUAGGCUUUUGUUAUUAUUGAAUUGUUACAAUAUUACUAUUAUUAUUGUGUUUUUGUAUGUAUUGCCAUGUUAUAUUUGUUUAUUAUCUUAUGUUUAUUGUUAUUGUUUAUUGCUAUUGCUUUGUGUUUCCCUACAGUUGUAAGCAGCCCGGAUUUACAGUGAUUGGGCGGGAUAUAAAUAAAUCAUAAUAUCAUACAGGAAAUUACAAAAGUAAAAUUAUCUAUGGUACCGGAGUUGUAUUUACUUAAUAUGACUACAUUUUUGGGUGACGAGGCUGAAAAGAAACAUUGGAAAACAAUGUUGUAUUUUGUAAUGGCUGCUAGAAUACUCCUAGCUAAAUAUUGGAAAAUUAAUAAAUAAACAAAUAUAGAUGAAUGGAUACAAAAAUAUUGGAAAUAAAGGAGAUGGAUAAAUUAACUGCAUUAUUGAAAAAAUGAAGAUUAUGAAGAUCAUAUUUGGACAAGUUUUGAAGAGUAUGUAAAUAAGAACUGGAAAACAAACUCCAGAGUAUGAAAUAUCAGAAAUAAAUAAUGGGAAUUCAUGUGUUAAAUAAUGGGAAUUCAUAAUAAGGGAAAGAAGGCUUGAUAUUGAUGUAUAUGUUGGUAUAUUAAUAUAUCAGUUAUAUAAACAGCAUAUUGAUACAAAAUGAAUGUAGGAUUAAAAAUAUAUGUAUGGAAAAACGAAGAGUUAUAACACAAUAGGAGUUUAACAUUGCAAGUUAAAAAGAUACAAAUAAGGUAGGGACAGCAAGGGUGAAUGUAAGUAGAUAUUAAUUAUAUUUCUGUACUUAAGAUCGGUAACAGUUGAAGAAGAUGAAAAUGGAAAAUAAUGAA